UUCCUUGGGUCAACAAAAGUUCACAAAAUAUUCUGAUUUCUGAUAAGCCGCCAAUAUUCGACUUUCAUCUCGGGUGCCGGGCACUAAACGUAGCGUGUGUGUUUUGAAUCCGAUCAUUUGUCACCGAAUCACCCCCGGGAACGGUUGGAAAACUCACUUCGCCGGCAGUUGCCUUUUAUUUGGACUGGGAAAAUAUGGUUUUCAUCGCGAAAUUCGCAAGGAUUGGCCUGCUGGCCGCCCGCCAGCUGAGCGCCACGCCCCUAGCCGCCGUCCAGGGGCGCGCCUUCCACCUGACCAGCCUCCUCGACGCAGAACGUCGCUACACAAACAAACACGAGUGGGUGGAGCUGGUUUCCGGCAACAGCGCCAUCGUGGGCAUCUCCAGUUACGCCCAGGAGGCUCUCGGGGAUGUGGUCUUUGCCCAGUUGCCGGAACCUGGCACGGAACUCAAGCAGGAUGACGAAUGUGGGGCUCUGGAGAGCGUGAAGGCGGCCAGCGAGGUGUAUUCCCCCGUAACUGGCAAGGUGACGGAGAAGAACGCCCAGGUGGAGGACACACCGGCCCUGGUCAACAGUAGCUGCUAUGAGAAGGGCUGGCUCUUCAAGGUGGACCUCAAGAACCCCCAGGAACUCGAUGCCCUCAUGUCCGAGGAGCAGUACAAAACCUUCGUCAGCAGCAGCGGCGAUCACUAGAGCGGCUAGCCUUUAAAACCAAACGAUCUAGCAUUUGUUAUCAGCUUAAAACACUCAUACCCGAAAAUCACCAACCAUACACACACGUUGUUGUAGCUCUGAA